AUGAUCGGCAUAGUUAUACUCAUUGCUUUGGUGUCUUAUUUUGUGGCGCGGGCAUACAAAAAUGCGUACAAGAGAUUUGACAACUUCCCUCCAGGGCCACCAAGUCUACCGGUGUACGGGGCUUAUUGGAUAGUCCUGGCCAGCGAAUACAACAACCUGGCAGCAGCUUUCAAGAAGCUGGGGCAAUGGUACAAGACAAAGAUGGUGGGACUCUACCUCGGGCCAGUCCCGUCGGUCAUCGUCAACGAUUCUGCGAUGGUGAAGGAGAUGUUGAACUCCGAAGACUUCGAUGGACGAAUGGACAUCAUUAUUGGGAGACUGCGGUCUUACUGGAAGAAACUGGGUAUAUUCUUCACGGAUGGAUACUUCUGGCACGUCCAGCGUCGGUUCUCGCUGCGGUACCUUCGGGACUACGGAUUCGGGAGACGGGACAGCAACCUAGAAACUGUGGUGGAAGGAGAGAUCAAGGAGAUGCUCGACAUGACCCUCAACGGACCAAAAUACCCUGCUGAAGAGAAAAUAGUGAAAGGUGAUCUGAUCUACUUGCCGCACUACUUCGCGGUGCCGUUCAUCAACGGCAUGCUCCAUGUCCUCAGCAGAAUGACCCUGCCCAGGGCAGAGUACGAUAGGCUCUGGGACCUGGCCAGACAUGUUCUGAUGUUCCAAAGGGGCUCCAACGAUUUGGGGGGCGCCAUCACAUUCACGCCGUGGAUCAAAGACCUCCUGCCCAACUUCAGUGGUUACGCCGGCAUGAGGAAGGGAAACCAGAAUCUGUUGGAGUUCUUCGAGAAAUUAGUCGAGGAAGUGAUGAAAACACAAGAGGACUCGCACAGUCGUCAUUUCCUGGAUAUGUACAUCAAGAAGAUGAAUGAAGAAAUUAAGGAACAUGGAAAAUCCACAUUUUCUGUGGACCAACUGGUCCUGACCUGCGCCGACUACAUGUUCCCGACGGCGACGGCUACGGAGUCGACGUUGACGAUGCUGAUCGAGCAGAUAUUGUUGAAUCCGGGGAUCCAGGAGCGGGUGCACGAGGAGAUCGACCGCGUGGUGGGCAAGGGCCGGCUGCCGACCCUCGACGACCGACGCAAUAUGCCGUACACUGAGGCUUGUCUCCGAGAGAUUAUGAGGUACGAGACCCUUGUGCCCCUGGGUGUCCCGCACCGCGCUAUCAGAGAUGUCAAGUUCCAUGGCUACGAUAUCCCUGAGAACACAUUGGUGAGUGCCAACUUGACAAUGUUGAACAUGGACGAGAAGAUAUGGGGCGACCCGACGGUCUUCAGGCCUGAACGGUUCAUUACCAAUGGACAACUCGACCUUUCCAAGGACAAAUCACUGCCAUUCGGAGCUGGCAGGCGACUUUGUGCUGGGGAGACAUAUGCGCGGCAGACUUUAUUCCAGGUGUUUGCUGCGUUUAUGCAAGCCUUCAGCGUGUCCACGGCUGACGGCCGCCCCCUGACCAAGCCUUCCAAGAGGAUCCAAGGCAUCAUUACCACUAUACCUGAGUUCUGGGUUCGAGUCACGCCUAGACGUUAACACUUCUUAAGAGUCAAUGUUACAGAGACAUUGAUUGAUUGAGUUUGAAUAAGCUUUGGUAAAAAUAAGUUCGUUAGGACUUCGGAUUUAACUGAAGAACUUAACUAAGUAUUCAGUGUCUGAAUACUACAAAGCUACAAAAUAUAGAUUAAGUAUAAUUAAAUAAAAAAUACUAGACUGAUUUCGCGCGCAAAGAUAAAAGAACUGGAACUUUUAAUUUAAUUUGAUUUGAACCUGAAAAUAAUUCAUAGAUAAUACUGAUGCCCGCCUAAAAUUCGCUUCUGACGCCCUUUUAAAGUCCUAAGUGGAGAUACUAUUGUACAAUUUUACUGUACAAUUUUAUAUGGGCAUUACAAAAUCAACACAGAGUAACCAACAAAUGGAUUGAAAGCACGUUGUAUCCAACUAUUUAUAUGUCGUUUGACUUGUUUCAACUUAUAAAAUUAAGGGUUCAGCAAAAUAUGUGAUGCAAAAUGUGAUAAAAUUGAAUAUUCAUAAGUGCUACUUUUAUAAAGGUUUCUAUGCCUACGCAACUACUUUAUAAUGUAGAUUAGGUAUUGUUUAUAUUGUGUUUAUCACUUUCAUACCCGAAUCCCGAUUGUAUAAUCAGCAGACUAUA